UAGAUACAAAUGAUAUAAAGAAGUUUAUAGAUGAAGACCAACUGAUAGGUUAUUACGGUGGAACCUUGGUAGAUGAAGAUGGCGAUCCAAAGUUUAGCAGCAAGAUAAACUAUCCCAGUAAAGUUCCAGAAUCGUAUUAUAUGGCACCUAACUUUGCCGAAUAUGAAUUGAACUCCGAAUACACCAAAGUGGAUAUUGGAAGAGGUCAAGAAAUCAGCAUUACAGUAGAGGUAGAAACAAAGGGAUUCUCAAUCAGUUGGGUCGUACUAAGUAAGGACGGAGAGCUUGAAAUUGGAAUAAAUUUUAAGGGCGCAUCUGGUGAAGUUGAACCCGUCGAGCCAAUGGCCAAGGUGAACUGCCACGUAUGCCCAGAGUCUGGAAGCAGAAUAUGUAGUAAGGUUGGCACAUAUACGGUUGUUAUGAGAAACAAUGCAGUUUUGAAAGGAAAGAGAGUAGCUUACAAUGUUGAUGUCUACAGACAGGAUGGGAGCAACGAGUUAUAAGUGAAGGAAUGGACUACUUCACAAGAAUAUUAUAUCUAAGAUCAAAAGUGUUACAAUGUGAAUUUUCUUCAGCAUUCUACAAUGAUGUAACUUUGGAUUUGGUUUUAUUCUGGGGUCUGUGGUGAAAAUUGAAAAGCUCAAUAUCGUCUCAGUUUAUCAGAAAUAUUUUGUUAUGUCAGUUGCUUCUAUUUGGUUCAAAUAAAUAGGAUAUGUUUAAUAACCACCAGGCGUUUACGGCUAAUGAGACACCGGACUUUAGAGAUCAGUCUAUCACAGUGUUCAAAAAAGUAUCAGUAUACAUUCAAAAAUAAUCUUGAUACCAUAACUUGGUACUGGGGAACAAGCAAACCAAAC